GACAACUAGACAAAGAUAACAGCCUCUUUCUCUUUUUUAUUUCCUUUUAGAUUCAUACACAGAAUCAGGAUGGAGGAAUCAUCAAUUACAAAUCCCCCCAGCAUUCCUGAUAAACCAAAACUUGAACCUCCAAAUACUGAUACAGAAACUCCAGAGCAGGAAUUAAUCACUCCUCUUUCUACUGCACCAAAGGAAGAGUGGGGACCAGUCCCCAGUGACAUCUUCAUCAAAGAUGCUCCUAAUGCUUUUUCUCUGUGGGCAGUCAUUGCAGUGAUUCUGGGGAUCCUUAGCCUACUGUUGGUGCUAGCGUCUUCGUUCUUUGGUUACCAAUAUUUUCAAAAUAUCCAGCAAUCAAAUAGUAAUUUGUAUAACCUCACCAAAGAGAUGAAGUCUUUCCACAACAAACUAGACAUCUUCUCUGGAACAAUGAAGGAACUACAAAAGGGGAAAUAUUCUGAACCUUGUCUGAAACACUGGAUAGGAUACAAAGAUAAUUGCUAUAACCAAACUCUCUCGUGUGUAUCUUGGUUUGACUGUGAUAAUCUUUGUAUCUCCAUGAAUUCCACAUUUUUAAAAUCAGGAAAUGAUAUGAUAAUGAUGUUCAUGAAAAAGUUUAUAUCAGCUGAUACUUGGGUUGGCAUCUCUUAUCAAGAAAACAGUAAAGAGUGGAAGUGGGGAAAUGGUUCUUCUUAUCCUUUUGGAGCAUCACCAAAGUCAAAAUGGAAUUUCCGGAAUUCAUGUUUAUAUAUAAAUUCAAAUAUGUUGGAUUUCUCUCAUUGUAAUGAAACCUUGCCUUGUUUGUGUCAGAAGGCUCUCAGUGCUGAGAAUUAAGAAUUAUGUGAGAAUCUAUUUCCUAAAUGUCCCAGAAGCAUCACGAUUCUAGGCCAUUACCUUGACCUAUUUAUGUUUCUUGCUCUUGUGAUUUAUCAUUUUGUGUUGUAUCACCAUAUAUAAUUUUAUAAAUAUUCUGUCUAUGUGUUAGUGAUUGAAGAAGACUUUUAAAAGAACUUUAUCUAUUAUAAUCUGCUAUUUUUAAAUGCCCAGGAACCAAUAAGAGAAUUCUUUUGUAUAUAAUGAUUAAAGGGAUAAUUUUGUUUGGAUAGGGAUUUAGAUGAAUGGGUUAAUGAAAACAUUAUAAUAAAUGAUUUUUUUCUUUGCAUUUUUUUUUCUUUUGGGGGAAGGUAGAUUUACCUUUGUGUCUUUGGUCUUUUGUUUUUCAGCACAGGUAGAAUAAAAUAUUAAUGAUAAAAUUAUAUUUCACAGAAUCACAAACCUCAUGGUUGUAAAUACAGUCCAGAAAAAAAUUGAUUGACAAUCUCUUUUACAAAGCCUCUAAUAAGAGGCUAACCUUUCUCAAUUUAGAUUACUUCCAGGAGCCAUUACAUUGUAAGAAAGCCUUUUCAUAGAAUCAUAGAUUCUCAAAAUCAGAAAUAUAGCAUCUGUCAACCUAUUCUUUCACAUAUCCCUUGUAUGUAUGGGGCUGGGGAGGACUGCUCUAGGUUCAAGAUACUCUUUUGGUCUGUAUCCACUAAAAACAAAAAUAAAGCAAGAACAUAACACUUGGGAGCCUAUACUGAUAUGUUUAUUUUAGCCAAAAGAUUUAGUUAAAUCUUUUUUUUUUUCUGAUACAAUUGGGGUUAAGUGACUU